AUGGCAGUCAGACUGUGUGAUGUGGCUUCUCUGCUUAGAAGUGGUUCGUGGGCAGCAGAGCCUUGGACUGGGCAGGUAAUUGCUGCCAUGGAAACACAACUGUCUAAUGGGCCAACUUGCAAUAACACAGCCAAUGGCCCUACUACCAUAAACAACAAACUGCUCAUCACCAGUGAUUCUGGGAACACAGAGGACAGCAAAACCAUAAUAGUCAACUAUCUCCCGAAUAUGACACAAGAAGAGCUCAAAAGUCUGUUUGGGAGCAUUGGUGAAAUAGAAUCCUGCAAACUUGUAAGGGACAAAAUCACAGGACAGAGUUUGGGAUAUGGAUUUGUGAAUUACAUUGACCCUAAGGAUGCUGAAAAGGCAAUCAAUACUCUGAAUGGAUUGAGACUUCAAACCAAAACUAUAAAAGUUUCUUAUGCACGGCCAAGCUCAGCUUCUAUUAGAGAUGCAAACCUGUACGUCAGCGGUCUCCCAAAAACUAUGACACAGAAAGAGCUAGAACAGCUGUUUUCCCAAUAUGGACGUAUUAUUACUUCCCGCAUUCUCGUUGACCAAGUCACUGGAGUUUCAAGAGGUGUGGGGUUUAUCCGAUUUGACAAGCGGAUUGAAGCUGAAGAAGCCAUCAAGGGCUUGAAUGGGCAGAAACCUCCCGGGGCCACGGAGCCCAUCACUGUAAAGUUUGCCAACAAUCCAAGCCAAAAAACAAAUCAGGCCAUUCUCUCCCAGCUGUACCAGUCUCCAAAUAGGAGGUACCCAGGACCUCUUGCUCAGCAGGCUCAACGUUUUAGGUUGGACAAUCUGCUCAAUAUGGCAUACGGAGUAAAGAGGUUUUCUCCAAUGACCAUUGAUGGAAUGACCAGUUUGGCUGGGAUCAAUAUCCCAGGACACGCAGGAACCGGAUGGUGCAUUUUUGUGUACAAUUUAGCUCCUGAUGCAGACGAGAGCAUCCUGUGGCAAAUGUUCGGACCCUUCGGAGCCGUGACAAACGUGAAGGUUAUCCGCGACUUCAACACAAACAAGUGCAAAGGUUUUGGAUUUGUGACUAUGACAAACUAUGAUGAGGCCGCCAUGGCAAUAGCCAGCCUGAAUGGAUACCGCCUUGGAGACAGAGUCUUGCAGGUUUCCUUUAAAACAAACAAAACGCACAAAGCCUAA